AUGCGGGCCGUCGUCGCGUCAGAGCGCGCCAUAUGCACGGCUCGACUGCUCGCCGCUGCACUGUUCGCGUGCGCGCUGGGCCUCGCGUCCGACGCGCUUACCGGCGCCGUGCAGCCUCCGCGUCUCGCGGGGUCGUCCUCGCAUCACCACGUGGCGGCGGCGCCGGUUCGCGUGCGAGCGGCUGCAAGUCUGAUUGCGGCGGCUGUGAGCGGGGGAACGGGGGAGCGGCACGCCGCUGCGCUGGCAGGCGCAGCGUUGAGUGGCGCCCUCGCGCGCCUCUUUCGCCGCCGCCAGGACCCUUCUCUGCGCGCUGACCCCGCCUGCCGUCCCGACCCCGCGCACCGUUUCAUCCCUCACACACCUCCCUCGUUGCCCGUCCCCGCCAGUGAUACCCCUCCGCUGCAGGCGCAAUGUGUGGAAGAAGUGCCGCAAUGCGCGGAUAGUAGGGCUCCGCUCUUCCCCGUUCUCGAAGGCGUGCUGGAGGCCGCCGUGCUGCAUCUCAUCGUUGCCGCCGCCGCGCCUCUCCUCCCGCGCCUCCCCUCGCCCGCCACCCUCACCCCCCACCCUCCCGGCCAUUCUCCUUUCGUGGCUGCAGCGCUCGCCCCACCGGCCCUCGCGCUGGCCCGCCUGCUGCUGCUGCUCGCCGCCACGGCCGCCGCCACCUCCUCGUCCUCCUCGCUCCUCCCCCUCCUCCUCCUCGCGCGCCCCGCCUCGGCACCCCCUGCCUUCUGGGCGCGCGCCCUGCGCCUGCUGCUGGCGGACCUCGUGGCGCUGCUGCUCGGCGCGCUGCUGCUGCCCCUGGCGCUCGCGCCUGCUGCGCCACGCGCGCACACACAAGGGGAGGGGGAGGCGGGUCAGGCGAGGGGGGAGGAGGGCACACUGGGGCAGGCGCAGGCUGGAAGGGAGGGGGGACAGAAGGGGUGCGGGGAGGAGAGCGAGGGCAUGGCGCAGGGAGGUAGUGGGGAAGGCAGUGGGGAGAGCAAUGGGGAAAGGGGAUGGGCGGAGGGGCUGUACGUUAAGGGGGGGACGGCUCAUGGCAGCUGUGGCGCUCUCCUCUCAGGCGCCCUCUCCGCCUCCCAUGCCGCCCCGCUCACCGCCCUGCUCGCUCCCACCCUCCUGUGCUGCGCCGCCCACUCGCCACGCCACCUUGCAGCCGCCACACUCGCACUCUCAGCAUCGACCCUCUCAGCCGCGUCCGCAGGGUUGGGCCCUUUUCACCGCGCUGAAGCCACUCUUCAGCUGCAGCUCUUCCUGCUCGCCCUCCUGCUGCUCGCCCACCUGCUCCUGCCGCUCUCAACCGCCCUCCAUCUGCCCUGCAUCACCUGCUGCCACACCAACACAGCGGAGAGGGCAGAAGCAGAACGGGCAGGGCGAGAGGCAGUGCUGGAGAGCCAGGUGGCCGCGCUGCACGGCCAGCUGGCAGCCCUGCAGGGCGAGGUGCGGCACGAGCGCGAGGCGGCGCGCGCGGCAGGGGAGGCGGUGAGGGCGGCGGUGGAGGCGAAAGUGCAGUUCAUGGCGAACAUGAGCCAUGAGAUCCGCACGCCCAUCCACGGCAUCCUCGGCAUGACCGACCUCGCCCUCGACUCCCCCCUGCCCCAGGACGCCCGGGAACACCUUGAAACCGUCCUGCAGUCCGCCAACCACCUGCUGCUGGUGGUGAACGACAUUCUGGACAUCACCAAGCUCGAGGCCGGCCGCCUGCACCUCGACUGCGCGCUCUUUGACCUGCGCGCUCUCCUCAACGGCAUCAUGACAAUGCUUGCCGCCCGCGCCGCCCUCAAGGGCCUGGCCUUCCAGUGGGAGGUGGAUGCUGCCGUGCCGCCCGUGCUGCUGGGCGAUGCCGUGCGCCUCCGACAGUGCCUGGUGAAUGUAGUGGGCAACGCCAUCAAGUUCACGGACCAGGGCAACGUGCACAUCACAGUGCAUCCCUUCUCCCCCUCCCUCCUCUCACCUACCCUCUCCCUCAUACCGCUUCCCUCCUCCCACUCCUCUCCCUCCUCCACCACCAUUUUUCCUCCUCAAGACCUCACGCCCUCUCACCUGUCUCCCUGCAAUUCCUCCUCCGCCUCCUCCUCCUCCUCCUCCUCCUCCUCCUCCUCCUCCUCCUCCUCCUCCUCCUCCUCCUCCUCCUCCUCCUCCUCCUCCUCCUCCUCCUCCUCCUCCUCCUCCUCCUCCUCCACCACCACCACCACCACCACACUCAAUUCCUCUGCUGCGUCCGCCUGUGCUACCGGCCCACCCCCCUCGCCCUCUGCCCCUGCUGCCCCUCAUGGCACUUCUCCUGCGCGCAGCGACGCGGAUAAGGGGGGCGAUGAGGGUAAUGGGGGCAAAGGGGGCGACGGGGGCAGUGGGAGAGGGUCAGAGGGAGCAGCAGCGCAGGGGGGAGAGGGAGUGGCGCUGCUCUUCACCAUCACUGACACGGGCGUUGGCAUAGCGGCGGGCGAGCAGAGGCGCAUCUUCUGUGCGUUUGAGCAGGUCGACUCGUCCAUGUCGCGCCAGCACGGCGGCACGGGGCUCGGCCUCUCCAUCACCUCCCGGCUCGUUCAGAUGAUGGGCGGCAGCAUUUGGCUGCACUCGUCUCCUGGCGCCGGCAGCACCUUUGCCUUCUCUGCCACCUUUGCUGCGCCGCCCGUCUCCCCCUCCACCCCCCAUGCUGCCCUCCCCCCGGCCCCACGGCGCACGGUGAGUGCGGAGGAGCUGGACGGCCGCCUGGCGCUGGACGCCCUCUCGCUCUCGCUGCUGCCCUCCCUCGUGCUCCACCGCUCCUCCUCCCGCGCCCUGCCUCCCCCCCUCUCCCCCUCCGCCGCCUCCUCUGCUGCCAGCGCUGCCGCACCCCUGUCUGCGCGCUCGCCUGCUGCCGCCCGCAUGGGGUUCAGCUUCCCAGGGCAGGCAGACGCCGCCUUGGACGGUGCAGCAGGCGGGGCAGGGCAGCACGGCGCAUGGGAGAGGGUUGCAGCGGCAGGGCGAGGUGGAGGCGAGGGCGGACGCAUGGAUGCCAGAGCGGACGCAGCAGGGGGUGCAGGUGGUGGGGGUGCGGCGCAGGGCAGGGCAGGGCGCAGCCGGCGGCGAACACAGAGUUUCACGUGUGGGGAUGCGAGCACAGGGCGCAUGCUGGAGGAGGUGCUGCGGCAGGCGGGCAGGGAGCAGCACGCAGGCCAGCUGCCCUCCAGCAGACUCGCUGCUGCUGGCCCCCACGCCCAUACCCAUGCCACCGCUGCCCUUGCAGCCACCUCUGCACUGGUUGGUGCGAGGGGCAGCAUUGGUGGUGGUGAGGAGCGUCGCUGUGACGAGGCUCAUCAGCAGCAGCAGCAGCAGCAGCAGCAGCAGCGGCAGCAGGUUGAGGAGGGGAAGCAGCAAGAGCAGGAGCAGCAGGGGCGAGUACCAGUGGGGCAGCUGGAGAGGAGCAGCAGCGAGGGCUUUGCCAUGCGGCGGCGGCAUCUGCUGGUGGUGCGCGGGCGCACGCGGUCCCUCGAGUGCAUGGGGGCGCGGCAGGCUCAGGAGUGGGCCGGUGCGCGCUCAGAGCACACUGGGGACGCGCAGGGCGGGCAGAGAGAGGGCGAUGCGAGGGGCACAGGCGGCGCCCCAGGCAGCGGAGCAGCAGUGGCGGGCAGAGAGGGUGGUGGUGGGCAUGGUGGCGAGGAGAGCCGGCAGGGGAGCAGCAGCCCUGGGGUGGAGGUGCCUCGCCUGCCAUCGUGGAGCCCGCGCAUGGCAGGCAGUCCGCGCACAGAGGGGGGCAUGGGGGGCAGAGUAGCAAGCAACGAGCCCAGAAGCCCCCAUGCACAAGCAGGUGCGGCUCGUGCUGCUGCUGCAGCUGCUGCUGCUGCUGCUGGUGGCAUGGACAGUGGUGGCGCGGAGGCGAGUGUGGCAAAGCUGAGCCGCGUGGUGGAGAGGGAGGACGAGGGGCUCAGUGAAGAUGAUGCCCCCGCGGCCCGCACAGCGCAGCAGAGCAGGAGAGAGGCGCGUAUGCUGCGAGGCAGCGCUGGGCGCCUGUCGGUGGAGGGCGGCGUGGCGGAGCUGCAAGGGGCGCGUGCAGGCGGUGAGAGGGAGCAGGGCGGCGCUGGUGUGCUGAGAGAGCAGGGCGCAGGGCAGGGUGUGGGGAGGGCGAGAGGAGAAGAGGAGCGGUUGAAAGGACUGAGUGCAUGUGAGGAGGACGAGAGAGAGGAGUUGGGACAGAGAGGCCGGAGCGGGUGGCAGGGCCCUCCCUUGUCGGCGGGUGCGAGUGGGUGGUCGACGGAGGCAGCAGCUGAGAUGCGCCCCAGCGUGAGCUUCAAGGAGAGUCUCUCUGCACACCGCCAUGAGGGGGGGGAGCCCUUGCAGGCAGCGCUGGGCAAUGCCAGCCCUGACCCCUGUGAGGCACUCAGUCGUGGCGGUUCGAGCAGCAGUAGUGGGGAUGCAGCCGCAGCUACAGCAGAGGCGGCAUCAGGCAGCAGGGCGGGUGCAUGCGGGUUGUUGGGACGGCAGAGGCAGCUGCGAGUGCAGCACCUCACCUUCCAGCUGCCUGACGACACCUCCCCUGCGCACUCGCCCUCCACCCCCACCUUUGACUCGCGCCGCCCGUCCCUCAAGCCGCCUGCUCAUGCACCUGCGCCCGCUGCCCCCUCCGCCAUCUCACCGCGCCCGCCUGUGUCCCCGCGGCGGCCUUAUGGGGACGCGGCUGAGCCCAGCACCAUGGAGGCCAUCUACGCGCGCAUCCAGGCCCAAGCUGCCGCCUCGCGCCCCCUCGCCCCCACGCGCUCGCCCUCCACCGCCGCCGCUGCAGGCGACGGCGCGCGCAGCUUGGCGCGCGGGAGGGAGCCGCCCGCCCUGGACGUGCCGUCCACACCGUCGUCCUCCGCACGCCGCGCUGCUGGAGGGGGCCUGCUGCGCCAGAAGUCAGGCGGGAUGGCGCUGCUGCAGCGGCAGGGCACAGGGGUGGGGCGGCAGGGCGGGGGGCUGGUGAGGCAGGGCACGGGGCUGGGGCGGCAGGCGAGUGUGAAGAUGAAGCAGAAGCCGGUGCGCGCGGCGAGCCCGCGGGCCAUGCUGUCGGCUGUGGCGCUGAACAUCCUGCUGGCGGACGACAGCGUGGUGAACCAGAAGGUGGCGGUGCGCUUCCUCAAGAAGAAGGGCAUGGUGGCCGACGCCGUGGGCGACGGCGCUCAGGCCAUCCAGCGCCUCUACCCCAAGGAUGGCGGCAUCUCGCCCUACGACCUCCUGCUGCUCGACGUGCAGGUGCGACCUCCUGCUGCCACACGUGCAGGUGCGACCUCCUGCUGCCACACGUGCAGGUGCGACCUCCUGCUGCCACACGUGCAGGUGCGACCUCCUGCUGCCACACGUGCAGGUGCGACCUCCUGCUGCUUGACGUGCAGGUGCGACCUGCUGCUGCUCGACGUGCAGGUGCGACUUCCUGCUGCCACACGUGCAGGUGAGCCGACAGCCGUGCGUGGUGCACGUUUGCCAGAUCUAUGCAGCGUGGGGCCCGGGGCGCAGAUGCCAGUGAUGGACGGACUUCAAACAGUGCGGGUUAUUCGUGAGAAGGAGACAGCAGAGAAGCUUCCCCAUCUUCCAGUCAUUGGGCUGACAGCGCAUGCGGCUGACGUGUACCGCGACCAGUGCAUCUCCGCCGGCAUGGACGGCUUCGUCUCCAAG